GCAGCGUCCCCGGAGACCCCGCGGGCGACGGACUGUGACCGCUCUUACGAUGGAGGGAAGCCGGCUGACGAAAGUGUCUCGACCCUACAAGAUCAGCGAGUCUUCAAAGGUGUACCGCUGGGCGGAGCACUCGACCACAGUGCUACAGCGGCUGAAUGAGCAGCGUCUGCGUGGCCUCUUCUGUGACAUCGUCCUAGUGGCUGACGAGCAGCACGUGCCAGCCCACCGCAACCUGCUGGCCGUGUGCAGCGACUACUUCAACUCCAUGUUCACCCUGGGCAUGCGUGAGGCCUUCCAGAAGGAGGUGGAGCUGGUUGGUGCCUCCUACAUCGGCCUCAAGGCCGUGGUGGACUUCUUGUACGGUGGGGAGCUGGCCCUGGAUGGUGGCAACAUCGACUACAUCCUGGAGACGGCCCACCUGUUGCAGAUCUGGACUGUGGUGGAUUUCUGCUGCGAGUACCUGGAGCAGGAGGUGAGCGAGGACAACUACCUGUACCUGCAGGAGCUGGCCUCCAUCUACAGCCUCAAGCGGCUGGAUGCCUUCAUCGACGGCUUCAUCCUGAGCCACUUCGGCACACUGUCCUUCACCCCUGACUUCCUGCAGAACAUCUCCAUGCAGAAGCUCUGCGUGUACCUGAGCAGCAGCGAGGUGCAGCGGGAAUGCGAGCACGACCUGCUGCAGGCCGCCCUGCAGUGGCUGACGCAGCAGCCGGAGCGGGAGGCCCACGCCUACCAGGUGCUGGAGCACAUCCACUUCCCGCUCAUCCCCAAGAACGACCUGCUGCACCGCGUCAAGCCGGCCGUGUGCUCGCUGCUGCCCAGGGAGGCCAACUGCGAGGGCUUCAUCGAGGAGGCUGUGCGCUACCACAACAGCCUGGCGGCCCAGCCGGUCAUGCAGACCAAGCGCACGGCGCUCCGCACCAACGAGGAGCGCCUGCUGUUCGUGGGUGGCGAGGUCUCCGAGCGGUGUCUGGAGCUCAGUGAUGACACCUGCUACCUGGACGCCAAGAGCGAGCAGUGGGUCAAGGAGACACCCCUGCCGGCCCGACGGAGCCAUCACUGUGUUGCUGUGCUGGGGGGGUUCAUCUUCAUCGCCGGCGGCAGCUUCUCGAGGGACAAUGGAGGGGACGCAGCGUCCAAUCUUCUUUAUAGGUAUGACCCCCGCUGUAAACAGUGGAUCAAGGUGGCCUCCAUGAACCAGCGCCGUGUGGACUUCUACCUUGCCUCCAUUGAAGACAUGCUGGUGGCCGUCGGUGGCCGGAAUGAGAAUGGAGCUCUCUCUUCAGUAGAGACUUACAGUCCCAAGACCGACUCCUGGUCCUACGUGGCCGGCUUGCCAAGGUUCACCUAUGGCCACGCAGGCACCAUCUACAAAGACUUUGUGUACAUUUCGGGGGGCCACGACUACCAGAUCGGCCCCUACCGCAAGAACCUGCUGUGCUACGACCACCGGACGGACGUGUGGGAGGAGCGCCGGCCCAUGACCACCGCGCGGGGCUGGCACAGCAUGUGCAGCCUGGAGGACCGCAUCUACUCCAUCGGGGGCAGUGACGACAGCGUGGAGUCCAUGGAGCGCUUCGACGUGCUGGGCGUGGAGGCCUACAGCCCGCAGUGCAACCAGUGGACCCGCGUGGCCCCGCUGCUGCACGCCAACAGCGAGUCGGGCGUGGCUGUGUGGGAGGGCCGCAUUUACAUCCUGGGCGGCUACAGCUGGGAGAACACGGCCUUCUCCAAGACGGUCCAGGUGUAUGACCACGAGAAGGACAAGUGGAGCAAAGGCACCGACCUGCCCAAGGCCAUCGCCGGCGUGUCCGCCUGCGUCUGCGCCCUGAAGCCACGGCUGGAGGACAAGAAGAAGAAGGGCAAGGCCAAGAGGCACCAGGACCGGGGCCAGUGACCCCACCGUGCCUGCUGGGACCUGGUCCCCACCGCCACCUCCCAGAGUGUCCGUAGGCCAGCAACGACUUCCUAGAACCCUGGAACCAUUAUGUAUCACUUAGCAGCUUUUUUUUACUUUUAUGAUUCUUAGUAUUUCUAUACUAUCACCGUAAUCGAUUAAAUAUUCUACGUAACUUUA